ACGGAGUCGACCGUCACGGCAACGGAAGAGGUGAAGGAUUCCUGUCGCCACGUGGAAGAAGCGUAACCGUGCCCCUGCUUCCAAAACUACCCUUCUAUUAUGACGAGAGAUCCCCUUGAGUGUUGGGACCGUCGGAGGAAUUUAAUAUAUUGUUAGGGUGUUUAUGGUAACUUUGUGUCUCCGAGGGUUCAGGGCUUAAGACCGCCGCCGGUUGGAGCAACGUGGUUCGUUUUCCUUCGAGCGACUGUGGCAUUCAGCACGGGAACUCCGUUUCCCCGAGCUCGCAGGUCGUAUUGGAGGAGGGAGACGUGACGCCGCGGAGGUGGAGUGGGAGGGCCAGGAGUAGCGAUGGGUGCAGGUGAAGCUGGGAAGGGCAACGGAUGGUGGAAGGGGAUGCGGGUCUUCUCGCCGGAGUACUAUGCUGUGUGCGCCGUCGGUGGGAUGCUCAGCGCCGGCACAACCCACCUCGCCAUCACCCCCCUCGAUGUUUUGAAGGUCAACAUGCAGGUGAACCCCCUUAAAUACAACAGCAUCUUUUCGGGUUUGCAUAUCCUUGUCAAAGAACAAGGGCCGUCUUCCCUUUGGAGAGGCUGGGCUGGCAAACUGUUUGGAUAUGGUGCUCAAGGUGGCUGCAAGUUUGGGCUCUAUGAGUAUUUCAAAAAGAUGUAUUCUGAUGUAUUGACAGGAUAUAAUAGGAGCACAAUCUUCUUUGCAAGCAGUGCAUCUGCACAAGUAAUAGCAGAUGUUGCCCUUUGCCCAUUUGAGGCUGUGAAAGUUCGUGUUCAAACACAACCCAAUUUUGCUAAGGGCUUGAUUGAUGGCUUCCCAAAGUUAUAUGCAUCUGAAGGCCUGUCUGGCUUCUACAAGGGACUUUUACCACUCUGGGGCCGGAAUCUACCAUUUUCUAUUCUCAUGUUCUCCACAUUCGAGCAUACUGUGGAUAUACUAUACCAAAAUGUUAUCCAAAAGAAAAAGGAGGACUGUUCAAGAGCUCAACAACUUGGGGUGACUUGUAUAGCUGGUUAUGCAUCCGGAGCUAUCGGUACUGUUGUGUCAAAUCCUGCAGAUAAUAUUGUUUCUUCACUUUACAAUAAAAAAGCCGACAAUAUCUUGCAGGCUGCGAAGAACAUAGGAUUUCCCAAUUUGUUUACAAGAAGCCUUCCUGUUCGAUUUACACUUGUUGGACCUGUUAUAACCUUGCAGUGGUUCUUCUAUGAUACUAUUAAAGUGUUAACUGGAUUGUAAGUAUCUUAAAUCUCUGGAAGUUGCACAAAAUCUACAAUGUUCCAUAGUGGCCGACAAGUGGUGGUAUUGCCCGCGAUUUUGAUGAAGUUAAUAGCUUAACCUGAUGAGAUGCUUGGAAUUGAUGCUGAUAGAUUGUGCAGUGAAUGAGAAAUGAUUGACAUUCUACCAUGCUCCUGUAUGGUACGGGAGAUGGCUUCUACCUUCUUAAUGGCUAUGACCAACACCUUCUAAUUCCAGCAAAGCUGAUUUUUUCUUGGAGUGAAAGGUUCUGCAACGAAGCGAAAAAAUCAAGGCAACACAUUUCUCUUUGCAGUAUGAACGAUUUGUGCUUUGGACAGAAAUUUUUUAUGAGUUGUUUUUUAUUGACUAGCGCACACCACACUUCUUUACACAGAAUAAUGUCAAUGAUGAUAGUAUUUUCUACAAGUUUUCGCUAUACACAUGUACACACUUCUUUGGUAAAGUAUAUCAUAAUUCGAAAUGUUACCAUGCUUUAAAA